AUGUAUCGAUUAUAUUGUCGUCGAUAUGCCUCAACAUUUUCUCUUCGAUAUACGACUAAAAAUGAGCCAAUACUUGAAUAUCGACGAGAUAGCAAAGAAAUAAAACAAGUACAAACUGCUGUCGAUGAAUAUAAAUCAAAAGUAACACGUAUUCCAUGCAUCGUUGAUGGAAAAGAAAUUUGGACAAAAAAUAUUCAAAAACAAGUCCUUCCGUUUGAUCAUAAACAUGUUCUAGCUGAAUAUUGUUAUGCAGAUGGAUCACUUAUUCAAAAAGCUAUCGACAGUGCAGUUAAAAAUCAAUAUAAAUGGGAUUUAAUGCCUAUCGAACAACGUGCCAAUAUUUUUCUUAAGGCAGCUGAUCUUGCAGCAGAUUUAAAAUGGCGUUCUCGUUUAGUAGCAACAACUAUGCUUGGUCAAGGUAAAACCGUUUUUCAAGCAGAAAUUGAUGCUGCUUGUGAGUUAAUUGAUUUUUGGCGUUUUAAUAUUCAACAUCUUGCAACAGCCAUGGCUUAUCAACCAAUAAGUACUCGAGAUUCGGAUAAUUCAUAUAUGCAUCGAGGACUUGAAGGUUUUGUUGCUGCUGUAUCACCAUUCAAUUUUACUGCAAUUGGUGGUCAUCUUGCUUCAGCUCCAGCCUUAAUGGGUAAUACAGUUUUAUGGAAACCAUCAGAUACUGCUCUAUUAUCAAACUAUUUGGUAUAUAAAAUUUUGGAAGAAGCUGGUCUCCCACCUGGCAUUAUUCAAUUUGUACCUGCUCAAGGUGAAGAAUUUGGUAGAAAAAUUACUCAAUCACCAAAUCUUGCUGCAAUUACAUUUACUGGUAGUACUAAAACCUUUAAAACAUUAUGGAAAUGGGUUGCUGAAAAUCUCGAUAAUUAUCGAACAUUUCCACGUUUAAUCGGUGAAUGUGGUGGUAAAAAUUUUCAUUUAGUUCAUCCAUCCGCUGAUUUAACAUCUGUUGUCAUUGGAACAAUACGUUCAGCUUUUGAAUAUAGUGGACAAAAAUGUUCUGCUUGUUCUCGUGUUUAUAUUCCACGUUCAUUAUCGAAAGAAUUUUUUUCACAAAUGAAAACAAUUAUGUCAAAAGAAUUACGUAUUGAUAGUCCAUUAAAAUCUGAUACAUUUACAUCAGCUGUUAUUGAUCGUGCUUCAUUUAAUCGUAUAAAAUCUUAUAUUGAUCAUGCACGAUCAUCAUCAUCAACAAAGAUUCUUGUUGGUGGUGAAUAUGAUGAUUCAACUGGAUUUUAUGUUCAACCAACAUUAAUUGAAACAACAGAUCCAAAAGAUAAAUUAAUGUGUGAAGAAAUCUUUGGACCUGUUGUAACAGUACAUGUUUAUGAUGAUAAUAAAUUUGAUGAAAUAGUUGAUGUAGUUAAUCAAACAUCAAAUUAUGCUUUAACCGGUUCAAUAUUUUGUCAAGAUAAUAAAAUUUUAGAAAAAACCCGUGAACGUUUAAUCAAUGCAGCUGGUAAUCUUUAUUUAAAUGAUAAAUCAACUGGAUCAGUUGUAAAUCAACAACCAUUUGGUGGUGCACGUUUAUCCGGUACCAAUGAUAAAGCUGGAGGACCACAUUAUAUAUUUCGAUUUUCAUCUCCAUUGGCAAUAAAAAAUAUGAAAGAACCAUUAAAAACAUUUAAACAUGUUUCAAUGGAAUAA